AUGCCGCAUGUCUCGUCGCACACACACGACUCGGAGCCGGACGGCAGCGUCGACUCAACCAAAUUGAAUAACAAGGCAGAAGUCGCCAUCGAAUUCGCCCACCAGGCCGAGCGUCUCGCCCAAUAUACCCCCGAGCAGGAACGGAAGCGCCAUUCUGACUCGACCCAGGCCGUCGAAGCCAAAUUCGUGACAGCUCAGGAUCCUGUCAUUGUGACUGCUAACGGCAGUCGCCUGCCCGCUGUGCCUAUAGACGAAGCAUUGAAACUGAAUCGCUUGAAAGAUCAACUCGAUGACCGCCAGUCAGAUGGCCGCAUCCCCGUCAAAUACACAUCACGCAAGGCCAGGGAUGGCACAAUGCAUGGUAUUCUCGAGAAAGACGGCGUAUGCCAGAGCAGCGAGCCGAGUGCCCCUCUGAGAGAAGCCGUUGCCCCUUCGCGGACGAAUCCAAUGUUCCCACCCCUUCCUACCUAUGGUCCGCCGAGUAUUCUCAGAACACUGCACUGCUGCUUCUUCAGGACAACGAGUUCUGUCCUGUCUUUUCUAUUCCUUCUGGUCAUCGUCUUAGGUGCCGCCUUCACCAGCAUCCCACUCGCUUACGAACACAUCCGACUACGACUCCUGUUCAAGAAUCCCGAUAAGAGGNNGAGGCCAUUUUUCGAGGAAGAACAACGGCGUAAAAAGGCUCGUGCAGAAGCAAAUCGCGAUUGGGCAAAAGGCAAGCCUCCUACAACCCCUGCUGAGGUAGAAACAUCGCCUCCACAAGAUGGUGAGUUUGUCCCUACAGAGGGCGGCCCGGACCCUCUGGUCUGCGAUCCUGGAUAUUAUGCCCGACGUGUGGGUUUAGAAGUUGAGAUGUUCGAUGUCGAAACAGAGGAUGGCUUCAUCAUUGAGUUGUGGCACGUAUAUAAUCCUCGGGAGUAUCGUCCAGUAUCGCCGUCUGCCCAUGGACCUCGAGGACCCGAGAUCUUCAAGACCACCACAUCGGAUCCAGAGUUUGGCGAGGCCGAACGCGCUUUCCCAGCAGGUAACAAGAAGUAUCCCGUUUUGAUGAUCCACGGUCUCUUACAGUCGGCUGGUGCAUACUGUUGCACUGACGACGAUAGUCUCGCCUUNUACCUCGCUAAGAGCGGUUACGAUGUCUGGCUCGGGAACAACAGAUGUGGCUUCAACCCUCGACACACCUUACUUGAUUACUCCGAUCCGCGCAUGUGGUCCUGGAACAUUCGUCAGAUGGGCGUUCUGGAUCUCCCCGCUUUGAUCUCGCGCGUACUAUCAGAGACGGGUUUCGAGAAGCUUGGUUUGGUAUGCCAUAGCCAAGGUACAACGCAGACUCUGGUUGCUCUUGCCAAAGAGCAACGCCCGGACAUCGGCGAGAAGAUUUCAGUUUUCUGUGCAUUGGCACCAGCCGCUUAUGCUGGACCCCUGAUUGGCAAGGCAUACUUCAAGUUCAUGCGCGUGAUCAACCCCAACUUCUUCCGCUGUAUAUUUGGUAUCCAUGCUUUCAUUCCGUUUAUGAUGCGGAUGCACAAGAUCCUUCCAGCCAAAUUAUACGGCGCAAUGGGUUACCGCGUAUUCAGCUUCCUUUUCAACUGGACCGACACUAGAUGGGAGAUCGAUCUGCGCGAUCGAUUGUUCCAAUUUGCGCCUGUCUAUGUUAGCGCUGAGAGUAUGCGCUGGUGGCUCGGAAGAGAGUGCUUUGCGAAGCAGAAGUGUAUCCUUGCCACAAGAGAAGAGGGUCGCAUGGAAGAUGAAGAGGACGAGGAAGAGGAUGAAGUAAUCCGCCGUUAUUAUGAUGGCGAACACACCGACACCGAAAAGUCUCCUGACCGCGAUGACCGAGAACGACCUAGCAGGGACCAACUUGGACUACCUCAUCAGGACCGAGACAAGAGCGAAGAGCGAGGCAAGUAUGCCUGGUUCAACGAACAAUUUCCUCCAUUGGCCAUGUGGGUAGCUGGCAACGAUGAUCUGGUUGAUGGACGGCGCCUCCUUAGGCGCUUCGAUCGUGGCCGCGAACCUCAUGUCAAUGUCGUGCACAAGAAAAUCAUCGAAGGAUAUGAGCACCUCGAUGUCAUCUGGGCCAUGGAUGUGAUCGAAAAAGUCGGCAAAGAAGUCAAGGAUGUCAUCUGGGCCACGGCACCGGAUGCAGCUCGCAUGCAGUGCCGGACACCAGUUGGUUGCGAUGAUAAGCCCGAAGUUCAAGAGAAAGCGGACAGUGAUCUGGCCGACAGCUUCCACGACGAAAAGAUCACACGCGAAAUGGGUGUGGAUGUCAGCAAAGCAAACGCCAACAAGAACCCCGGUCCUGUAAGUCCUACUCAAGUCGACACCACAGCAGGAGAGUGGAGCCAGGACUUGAGACACGAUCGAGACGAGGCCAAGAGCAAUACCCAUGAGCAAGACUAG